AUGCUUUGUGGGUUCCUGGUGUUGAGUGUUGACCAUGCUGGUAUAGCUACACAGAUUAAGGUUGAAGAUAACCUCAUUUGUGAAAGAGGAAUGAAUCGACAUGACCUUGGACGUGAAGAAUUCCUUCAAGAAAGUUUUACGAUGGACGAGCCAAGAUCAAAAGCUGUCAGUCUGUCACUGAGGCCUUUGUACGCUUAUACAAGGAAGGCCUUAUCUAUAGACUAUAGAGAUAAUCGGAUUGUUAAUUGGGAUUGUAGCUUAAGAUCAGCAGUAUCUAAACUUGAGGUUACUCAUAUUGACAUUAAAGAAAGAACACUUCUACAAGUAGCAGGUUAUGAGAAGCCAAUAGAGUUUGGUGUGAUCACUUCGUUUGCUUACCCUCUCGAAGACGGUUUCGGAGAAGUUAUUGUCGCCACUACUAGAGUUGAGACAAUGCUCGGUGAUAACGCCAUUGCUAUUCAUCCUGAUGAUGCAAGGUACAAGCAUCUUCAAGGAAAGUUUGCUCUUCAUCCAUUCAACGGACGGAAGUUACCAAUCAUCUGCGAUGAAACACUCGUCGAUCCAAGUUUUGGUACUGGUUGUGUUAAGAUUACUCCAGCUCAUGACCACAAUGAUUUUGAGUUUGGGAUACGCCACAAUCUGAGAUUUAUAAACAUACUCACUGAUGAUGGUAAGGUCAACACUAAUGGCGGGGUUGAGUUCGCAGGGAUGCCACGGUUUACGGCUCGUGAAGCUGUUCUUGAAGCUCUCACGAAGAAGGGGUUGUACAGAGGAGACAAAGACAACGAAAUGAGACUUGAGCGUUGUUCAAGAACUAACGAUGUGAUUGAGCCAAUGGUAAAGCCUCAAUGGUACAUGAAAUGUGACGUGAUGGCCAAGGAAGCUCUUGAUGUUGCUAUAAAUGAUGAUGAGAAAAACAUAAAACUCGAAUGGUUAGAGAACAUACACGACUGGUGCAUUUCAAGACAGCUUUGGUGGGGACAUCAAAUACCAGCAUGGUAUGUAACUCUAGAAGAAGAUGAAACGAAAGACAUUGGCUCUUACAAUGACCAUUGGAUCGUCGCUAGAAGCCAAGAAGAAGCUCUAAAAGAAGCUGUCCUUAGAUUCUCCGGGAAGAAACUCGAGCUCUCUAGAGAUCCUGAUGUUCUUGACACGUGGUUCUCCUCUGGGAUCUCUCCUUUAUCUAAUUUAGGAUGGCCUGAUGAAACUGACGACUUGAAAACAUUCUAUCGAACGACCGUUCUUGAAACCGGACAUGACAUUCUCUUCUUUUGGGUUGCUCGCAUGGUUAUGCUCUAUCCUCUUGAGAUCAUCGAAGGACAGACUCUCUCUGGUCUUUUCAAGAGGUUAGAGACGAGUAACUUGGAACCCAAGAUGCUUGUUUCUGCAAAAGAAGGACAUUCCAAAGAUUCUCCAGAUGGUAUCCCUCAAUGUGGUGCUGAUUCUCUUCGUUUUGCACUUGCUUCUUACACAGCUCAGUCUGAUAGAUUAAACAUGGACAUCCUCCGAGUUCUUGCUUACCGACAAUGGUGUAAUAAGCUAUGGAACGCGGUGAGAUUCGCGAUGUUGAAGCUCGGAGAUGGUUACACUCCUGUGUUGACACUUAGCCCUGAGGAGAAAACGCCAAUGAUCUGCAAAUGGAUUCUUGCUUCACUAGACAAGGCGAUAUCAAAGACGGUUGGUUCUUUGAAUGCCUAUGAGUUCUCUGAUGCAGCGAACACGGUUUACGCUUGGUGGCAGUACCAGUUUUGCGAUGUGUAUAUUGAAGCAAUCAAGCCUUAUUUUAACCGAGAUGAGUUUGGUUUAGAGAGGAUUCAUGCACAAAACGCUCUGUGGGUUUGUUUGGAGACUGGUUUGAGAUUGCUUCAUCCGUUUACGCCUUUUGUUACUGAAGAGAUUUGGCAGAGAUUGCCUUGGCCUAAAGACUGUGAAAGGAAAGCUUCUAUCAUGAUUUGUGACUACCCAUCUUCUUUAGAGGUUUUGUUAAGAGGAAGAGACGAACAUGCAGCUCUAGCUGGAUCUGUUUUUGAGACGGUGAACGAGAAUCUAAAGGUAUAUCUCAAACUUGAUGAAGAAGCUAUUGACACAGAAGCUGAAGCUUAUUGCCAGCUACUUAUUCUCUACUACUCUAUUAAUUUGAUCAGGCAAAAGGAGAAGUUGCAGAAGAUUAUGAGUGCGAGUGUGUACGAAGAGAAGGUACCUGCUAACAUAAAAGAAGACAACACGACCAAGCUCGCAAAGCUUCUUCAAGAAUUUGAAUUUCUCAAGAAUCUUGAAUCAGAGACCCUUCGAAAGUGA